AGCUUUGUCGACAGAGAAGGGAAGAGAAGAAGGGAUGAAGAGGGUAAUCAGUUCAAAAACUGCACUUUUCAUGAGUGAUUUUAAAGUGAAAAUCCACUAAAUAGUAAACCCAGUUCUUGGAGAUCUACUUUCCAAGAGACUUCAGCUCCAGCCAUAAUUGUUCCCACCUGACCUUCUAAUCAUUUGAUCAACUCACAAAGGUGUGUUUUGGUUGAAGAUGAAACCUUCAGGAAGGUAGAUCUCGAAGAAGAGGAUUGCGCCACAUAUUAACACCACCACCACCGUCAUCGUCGUCAUGACAUCGUGGGAUCAAAGAAUAGCUUCUUUUUUAUUGAGUCCUACUCAGUUUUUGUCCUGCACCACCUCUGAGACUUUUUUAGCUGAAGUUCUUGACAACUUAAGGGAUGACAAAACAAAUGACAGCAAGAAGAUCCUCCUGCUGUCUGCAUUAUUGGAUCAUCCCACGGUCCUUUGCCCGACCACAUCAUCAGGAGAGGAGACGGCGCAGGAACUUGUGUCAAUCCUCAAUGUUACUCCGCCCAAAUCCGUCAAUCUAAAGUGCCAUCUCAUUCUGGCGAUCACCAAUGUCUUGAUAUGUACAUUGUGCUUGGCUAACCAGACAAAAGUCGCAGAGGACUAUUUGGACUUCCUGUUCUUGUUGAUUCAGGACACAAACGAUAACGCAGGUGGUCCGAGUCUCCACUCUGUCCGAGCCGCUGCUUGCGAGUGUCUUAGAGAAAUGGAGACCUGCCAACCAGGCCUUCUGUCGCAAAAGCUUGAGGCUCUUUAUUAUCUUAAGCAGCAGGAAACCACCGUUCUGCAUCAGUCCUAUAGCACGCUCUAUACGCAGGUGCUCAAGAACGCAAUCUGGAUUUUGACCCAACAAAUAGACGUAGAUAAUGCUAAGCUUAGGAGCGUCUUAGCCGGAAACGAAGGCUUCGCGUGGAAAUCUGUCAAGUUUGGCAAGUCUAUCGGCAUGGCGCAAGUUCCCCAGCUACCGACGACGCUGGAUUUCAAAGAGCUGAAGUCUAUAAUGUCCUUGCUCUUGGAGGAAUCCUACUUGAUGACUGCUUCCUCGCAGGCUGCUUUACUCCGGGGACUUGUCGAGAUAGUGGCGAUGGUACCAGGCAUCUCUCCGGCCAUAUUCAAGUCUCAGUUGCUCAGGCUUUUCGGAACGACCGAGGUGGAACUAAUGCACGCCACGCUAUUUAUGAAAAGUAUGUUCACUGAUGGCCUCUUCACGGCCGAGGACGAACAUUUCUUGCUCAAGCGGCUUGUCGGAAUGGUGCAACAUCCCCUACUGAGAAUUCCCGAGAAACUCUUUUACAUGGACUGCAUUCUUCACUUUCCUGAGAACAGACCCAUUUCGAGCAGCGGCGAGGAGUGCUUGCCUGUCCUCAUCACGCCUCAGCUUACUCUAUCCCUCUUCCCGACUGUGUUCAACGACAGCACCACGAUGCUUUGUAGACUCAACCUCCUCUGCCUGGUACACGUCGAGGCAAGUGAGGAAGAGGACGGCCAGGGCGUGGGAUACCUCAUUGAUCACGUGAUGGCUUUGCUCAGAAUAGUAGACAAUCACGGAGGCAGGGAAGCAGUGGUGACGUCUUUUAGAGCGAUUUUUCUUUUCCUCCUGCACUUCAACCACAUGGAGAACCUCUCCAAGAAACUUGCCCACCGCUUACGCGAGCUGUAUUCCAGAAACUGUCACCUUGCGCCAAAUUUGAUCAACCUCACCGAUCGAAUCCAGGAGCGCUUAGAGGAUUCGAUUUGGUCGGUCCAGUUGUUGAAAGCUCUUCAAAGGUGCAUUGUGGAAAUGCCUCCUUUGCAACUGACCCUUCAGAGUUUGGGUUGGCACCUUAAAAUCUUGGCUCGAGUGGCACGGGAGAGUCAGAUCACCCAGAGGAGUACCAUCUGCUUCCUUCUCGAUAUCCUCGUCAACUCCAACCUUUGCGAAAGGAGAAGCUGGAACGUCGGCACCGCCAUUCUUACGGUAUGCCGCAACUUGCUCCAGCACCCAACGCUCAACCAGAUGUUCAUUGAACUGGCGGAUCUCCUGCAGCACAUGUCCAGACACUACGAGGACACGGAUAUUCAAGACCACGCUCGGUUCUACUACACCCUUCUUACCAACUUGUCCUCAGAAAAACUUGCUGGAAUCCUUGCCAUAACCCCCAUUGGAGGACAGGCGAAAGUCCGAUCGUUGUCGGCUAUCAGUGAAAGUGAAGAACUUGGCCGUUGUUUGACGGUUCUUCAGACUGAGAGUUGUGUCCUUGAGCUUAUUAAGGUUCACAAAAAUGGUUCUCAGGAUGCAGUUCUGAGGACAGAAGUCCAGACUGGGAAGGACUUGUAUGAGGUUUACCAGGAGCAACUCAAAACCCCGGGCUUUGCCUCAGAGGUCACUUUGAAGUACAACCUGACUCACGCAAAUGCAACAGAUCCGAGAUUCGACCGGAUCUUCACCAUAUGCUUGCAUUUUGACGUUAACGUGUUGCACUACGCAGACGUGAAGGACAUCUACGUGCCGUGCCUUUUCAGAGACAGGAAGCCACAUCAAGUCGGCGUGACUCUGAAGCCGCAUCACCCAUACCCGACAAAUUUACGAGUGAGCGCCAUUUUCACCACGGAAGACGGCCAGUCUUGGCACACUCAUCUCCCUGAUGUUAAAGUGUCAUUCCCGGAGAUAUUUCUCCCCAUACCUUUACCUCUAGGUACAUCGCUCCAGUCCAAGGCGGAUGUGUUUGAUCGGAUUUGGGACGCUAUGUCCUCAGGGGAACCUUGCACUUCAGAGACGAGCUUGUUUUGUUUUAAGACGGGAAGCGACACCUUGGCAGAUGUGAUCAAGCAGAAUUUCCAGGGUUAUGUGAUUUCACGAGAACUUGACGAGUGGAAGGUCUUGUUUUUCCUUCCACCUCUUUAUCAUGUUUUGUUGACGAUCCGAGAGGGUGAGGACGCUGUUCAGGUCAGCAUCGCGACAGACAACUGGGAACUCCUGCCUCAUGUCAACUCUUACUUACAAACCAUAACCGCGCCCUGCAACAGGACAACCGACGACAGACAAUGAACUCAUUGGCGACCCGUACUGUGAUGUCAUGUUGAAUUUUAAUUGAAUUAACUGAAGAUGCAUUUUAAUCAUGUUUGUAUUACCUUGAGAGUUGAUUGCACUAAAUUAUAUUUUUGAUGUAUUUACUUGUCCAAAACGAGCUACGGUCCAGAAUGAUGUAUAAUGAAGAAGUAAAUACUUGCAUCUGAUUGAAUGUAAUAAAACAAAUCGCACACUU